AUGGAAAUUGAAAAGAAGCACCCCACUGCACAGAGUGAGCGAGAAGAAAUACUCCAACAACGAGAGGAGCUGCCCGUGAGGAAAUCAAGGAAAGAAAUUAUUGCGGAGAUCAAACGAAACCAAACGAUUGUCAUCAUGGGGGAGACAGGGUGUGGUAAAACAACACAAAUACCACAGUUCUUGUUGGAAGCCAAUUUGGCAAAUGACAAGAAAAUUGGAGUGACACAACCCAGACGUGUGGCUGCAAUCACAUUGGCACAAAGAGUUUCCAAAGAAAUUGGCGACACCGUUGGUGAGCGAGUAGGGUAUCGUGUUAGGUUUGAAGAGAAAAUGUCGAAACGGACACGUAUAGAAUUUAUGACUGAUGGUAUGUUGUUGAGAACUGCAUUGAUAGAACCCGACUUAAAAUCGUACGGAGUGAUUGUUCUUGAUGAAGCCCAUGAAAGAACAGUCCACACUGAUAUCCUUAUUGGACUCUUGAAGGGUAUCAUAGAAAAACGGAACGAUUUAAAAGUGGUGAUAAUGAGUGCUACACUUGACUCAAAAUUGUUCAGUAACUUUUUCAAUGGACCGACACUAACAGUCCCAGGAAGACAGCACCCGAUAGAAGUCUUUAAUUUGGACGAAAAGGAAGAUUCCCCAAUUGAUGUCUCAGUUGAUGCCAUUCUUCAAAUCCACAUCACAGAAGAGACGGGUGAUAUUUUGGUGUUUUUACCCGGGCAAGAGUCUAUUGAAACAGUUGAAUCAACGUUGUUGGAAAGACUCAAAAAGGCUCCAAUCACUGUCAAGCCUUUGUUGAUACUUCCGUUGUAUUCUGCACUCCCACCAGAGCAACAGUUGUUAGUCUUCCAAGCGCCUCCUGAAGGCACACGAAAAGUCGUUUUAUCAACAAACAUUGCGGAGACAUCGGUUACUAUUCCUGGUGUAAGAUACGUUGUUGACACGGGUAUGAUGAAGUGUAAAGAAUACAACAAACGAAUUGGGAUGGAGGCGUUAAAAACAAUGUUCAUAUCACAAGCACAGUCACUCCAACGAACGGGUAGAGCUGGCAGAGAAGCACCAGGAAAGUGUUUUAGGUUGUUCACCAAAAGCAAUUUUGACAAAUUCCAGCCCUCUCCAACACCAGAAAUUCAAAGGACCUCAUUGGAUGGUGUUGUGCUACAACUUAAAGCGCUCAACGUCGUGGAUGUCACUAAAUUCAAAUUUCUUGAACCACCACCCGAAGAUUCGAUUAUACGAGCAGAGAUAUCACUUGAAAAAUUGGGCGCGGUGGUUAACAAAAGGAUCAGUGAUUUGGGGAAAAUUAUGGUUGCGUUGCCAGUCUCGCCGCCAUACGCUAAAACAAUAAUUGCGGCAGCACAAUCAAAUUGCUUGGAGCACAUUCUAUGUAUUGUUGCUAUGUUGGCAGUGGACACGCAAUUCUUUGUGUCAGCUCCAGCAGUCAGAGAAAAAUCACAAAUGACAAUGAAGAUGUACUCCUCUGACUUUGGUGAUCAUUUUAUGCUUCUUUCACUCUUCUUGGCUUUUCGGAAGGUUGGAGUAAAUAGGCGAAAGAAGUGGUGUGUUGAAAACGCGUUGAACUUCAAGGCGCUGAGUACUGCACUAUCUACACACAACCAAUUGGUCGAGUACUGCGUCGACGUGUUGGAUAAAGAACUAAAAAGUUCUCAUGCAAAGGAACAAUGCACAGAAGAAAAGAUCAAGAAAAUGACAAAUGAGGCGGUCACUGACGAAAUUGCAAAAAGCAUCAAAAAGGCGUUUUUAGUUGGGUUUCCUGAUAACGUUGCAAUCAAACAACCCAACAACGUGUAUUUAACAACAACUCAAAAGGCCGUGCACAUCCACCCAUCAAGUUGUUUGCACAACAAAAAGAUUCAAUACGUCUUGUUUUCUGAACUGAUUUACACUACAAAACCGUUCAUACGGUCUGUGCUGGCGCUGGACAAGGAACUUGUUCUUGAGGAAAUGCCGCACCUCAUUUCUGAUUGA